AAACAACACUCACGCACUCCCGCGUACCAGUGUGAGUACUGCCCGAAGGCGUUCAACAGUGACAGCUGCUGGAAAAUUCACAUACGGGCGCAUAAGGGUGAAAAGCCGUUCCCCUGCAGCAUUUGUGGGAGGACUUUUGGAACUCCGUACAACCGCAAGGUUCACGAAUUGCGACACCAGAAUAAGCGAGAUUAUCAGUGCGACAAGUGUCCGAAGGGCUUCUUUUCGCCGAAGGAAUUGCGCUCCCACCAGAUACGGCACAUCAAGGUUGGCCUACGGACCUUUCCUCAGUUAGCAGAGCUACAAGAGGCCGAACCAGCAAAAGAGGAGCUCCUGUCAAAGGCGGAAGGCUUCUUCAAUGAUCAUCUUUACGAAACGGUAGAGAAGCAGUGCCCAAAGCAGUUCUCUUGCUCGAGCUGCUACAAGUCGUUCCACGAUAAAUCGCAACUUCGGCUACACGUUAAGCGAAUGCACAGUGCGGUCUCUCUAAGCAAGUCCAACGUGCGGUUUCCAAAGAUUGAUAGGGAAACUGCUGAAAAACAACUGGCCUCGAUUCUUUAUUCUGGUACUUCGUUCGUGUGCGACGUAUGCGCAAGAAGUUUUCGAAGCGGCCGAGGUCUGCGGCAACAUCUGUAUGUGCACAUCCGUGGCGUGAAGGUGCAUCGCUGUAGUCGUUGUCCGAGAGUGUUCUUCCAGAUCGGACACUUGCAGGAACACGAACUGACGCACACCGGCCAGAAACCUUUCAGUUGCCCCGUCUGCGGAAGAUGUUUCAAUCGAAACUAUAUCAUGGAACGUCAUCGAAGAGAACAACAUCCAGAGGAAAUGAUUGCGGAUGGUUCACAGGAAAGUAACCCGGAAAGCGAACCACUAAUUGUAGACCUCGAUGAGCCUCUUGAGACGGACUUUGUACAAGAUUCAGUAGGAAUCGAGACAAGAGCGAUGGACCGAACAGAUUUACUAAUGUUGAAAGUGAACGGGGCGGAAGCAGGGAACGAAACGAACACUGAUGCGAACAGUCCCAAAAAAGUGCGAAAAAAGGUUCGAUUUUCGGACGUAUUGGAAGUGGAAUACUUCAAUCCAAAUGAGUUUCAUAUUCCGAGAACACCAAAGCCUAGUAAUAGACCAGGUAUACUCAAGGGGAGCUUGAAAACCGGAAAAGUAUCACUGAAACCGUCACCAGAAACCAGCGCCGAUUUAAUGAUGCAACCAACGCCUGCAAACAACACCGGACUAGAUAUGGAGACGGUCGCUCUAGAACAACAAAACUCAAGCAUUUCGGAAAGUGCCUUUACUCUGCCAGAAGUUAAUCCAGAACUAAAUCCCAUUGACGCUUUUAACAGCACAUCUACUAUGCAGGAAGAUGAAACAAUAUUUGAAUCAGAACUAAGUGGCACAGACUGUAUGAACAGCACGUCUACUAUGCAGGAAGAUGAAACGAUAUUUGAAUCAGAACUAAGUGGCACAGACUGUAUGAACAGCCCGACAAAUCUGCAGGAAGAUGAAACAAUAUUUGAAUCAGAACUAAGUGGCACAGACU